UGAGGCAGAGGGGGACCGGGCUCCGCAGUGACAGAGAAGAGCAGUGAGCUGCAGAGACAGACAGAGCCCUGCAGAAUGCACAACACCAGCACCUCCUUUGUUCUGCUUUUUGGGAGGUUGCAGAAUGAAGGGAGGGUAGAGGGGAGAUGUCUGUCAGGCUCAGAAUCACUGAUAUCUCUCUCUCUCUUUCUCUCUCUCGCUCUGUCUGUCUGCUCAAAUGGCAAAUCCCACUCCUGAGGGGGAGAUCACCAUGGUGACAGCGCCUUGCCACGCAUGCCUGUGGAUGCUGCAGUGUAGGAGCACAGAGGAGCCGCGUGCUCCUAUGGCAACUCAAACACGAACAGCCAGCUGUAGCUUCUGAAUUUGGCCCUAUAGUGAUACAGACUGUAAGAAUGUGCCUGGUGCCAUGCAAGUGUUUACGGAUGCCCAUUGGCUAAGAAAAGAAAAACCCAAGAGAAACCUCCACAGGAGCCAGCUUCCAAACGGCGUCCAUUUCUAACCAUGACUGAUGGAAAGCCCGCUAUGUACGAAAGUUAUGAGCCAGAGGCCAUGGAGGAAGGAGAAGAGAGGGAACAGGAAGAAAUAGAGGAAGAGGAAGAAGAGGGGGAUGAUGAAGAAGAGGAGUGCUCGGAUGACAACGAGGAACAAGAUGAGGAAGAGGAGGAUGGGGAAGUGGAGAGAGAAGAGGUAGAGCAGAUGGAGGAAGAAGUAGAAGAGGACGAGGAGGUAGUGGAGGAGGAUGGGGAUGACGAAGAGCAGGAUGAAGACGAGGAGCAGGAAGACGAAGAAGAUGAAGAUGAGCAUGAGGAAGACGACUACUAUGAAAAUCAAAGUCAUCAGCAAGAAGACAAUUAUACAAGUGGUGGACAAUCAAAAUCCAAUCAAAUCAUUGAGAAGGACAAUAACAACAACGUGAACAAUGAGGAGUAUGAGAAUUACGAUGAGCUAGUGGCCAAGUCUCUGCUGAACCUGGGCAAAAUAGCAGAGGAUGCCGCCUAUCAGGCCAUGACCGAGUCAGAGAUGAACAGCAACUCCUCCAACAGUGCAGGUGAGGAUGAUGACGAAGACGAUGAUGAUGGGAGUGAACACGGAGGUCACAAAGGAGAGCUGAGCGUCGACCUGGAUAGCGAUGUGGUGCGUGAGACAGUGGACUCCCUGAAACUCCUGGCUCAGGGCCACGGGGCGGUGCUGCCUGAUGAGACAUACCCAGAUGCCUCAUCGGUGGACGCCGGUGUGGCUAGCCACACUAAUGGCCGAGGCCAGGCAGAGGAGAGCGAGGAGGAGGUGUGCCUAAGCAGCCUGGAGUGUCUGCGCAACCAAUGCUUCGAUUUGGCCCGCAAACUCAGCGAAACCCAACCGUCUGAGCGACCCAUGAUGGAGCACCAAAUGCAGCACCACAAUGAACAUCAUCAGCAUCAACCCCAGCAUCCAAUGCAUCACAUGCCCAGGUAUGACAGCUGCCAAUUGGAGCAACAGAGACCCCUCGAGAGGAACUACUCGGAUAUGGUCAACCUGAUGAAGCUUGAGGAGCAACUCAGCCCAUCUUCCAGGGGCUACCCCUCCAGCUGCGCCCAGGAAGGGGAUGAGGACACUACGUCGGUGGCCUCUGAACGUUCGGAUGAAGCUUUCGACAUGACUAAAGGCAACCUGUCCCUGCUGGAAAAGGCCAUUGCUCUCGAAUCGGAGCGUGCCAAGGUUAUGCGAGACAGAAUGGCAUCGGAACAGAUGGUGGCUCGAAGGGACAAUCAGCGACUUCAUGGAGAGCACAGCCCAAGGCAGAGCAGUAGUGCAGAAGAACGCAAGGCCCGACUCCAUCACGAUGGUGCUAAAAGAGCAUAUUACCCUAAAGAAUCAAGGGGAGAGAAAAAAGAAAGCAAGUGUCCCACCCCAGGUUGUGACGGCACAGGUCAUGUCACUGGACUGUAUCCCCACCAUCGAAGUUUGUCUGGUUGCCCUCACAAAGACCGCGUUCCACCAGAAAUUCUUGCAAUGUAUGAGAAUGUUCUAAAGUGCCCCACGCCUGGCUGCUCGGGACGCGGCCAUGUAAAUAGCAACAGGAACUCCCAUCGCAGUCUCUCGGGAUGUCCCAUAGCUGCCGCUGAGAAGAUGGCAAAAGUUCAGGAGAAACAUCUUCCGUGCGACAGCUCCAAGUCCAACCAGGCGUCAGAUCGCGUUUUGAGGCCUAUGUGCUUUGUGAAACAACUGGAGAUUCCACAGUAUGGGUACAAAAAUAACGUUCCCACCAGCACUCCACGAUCCAACCUGGCCAAGGAGUUAGAGAAGUACUCCAAGACCAGCUUCGACUACAGCAGCAGCUACGACAACCAAGCCUACGGCAAGAGGUCCCUCAACCCCAAGAACCACGGGCGAGACACAUCACCCAAAGGAUAUGACGCCAAGCGCUACUGUAAGACCUCGAGCCCGGCCAGCAGCACCACAAGCAGCUACGCUCCCAGCAGCAGUAGCCUCAGCUGUGGAGGUGGAAGAGGGGGAGGAGGAAGCAGCGCCAGCAGCACAUGCAGCAAGAGCAGCUUCGACUAUACGCACGACAUGGAAGCCGCCCACAUGGCCGCCACGGCCAUCCUCAACCUGUCCACGCGCUGCAGAGAGAUGCCCCAGAGCCUGAGCGGGAAAGGCCCCGAGCUCCUGUCGCAGAGCCCUGGUGACCGGGAUGGUGAUGAGAACGGAACCCUGGAUCUGAGCCGGGCCGGAGGGUUGGGGGAGGGCAGUGGGGGCACAGUGCUGACCCCCUUGCAGCCCAUGUCCCCUCAGCGACAGGCAUUGCUUAACAGCCACUGCUACCAGAUGAGCACAGCAGACUGCUGGGACCUGCCUGUGGACUAUACCAAGAUCAAAAGGCUGGACGAGGACCACAAGGAGGAUGACCUAGACCCUUUUCAAGAUCUGCUAGAGGACCAGCAGUAUUCAGGAGAUGUGUCCCUACCCAGCCCCAAACACAAAUACGCCGCAUGCAAGGAGAGCAAGAAAGAGCUCCUCACGCUAUCAAGCUGCCAACUUGCUGACAAGGGCAUGCGUGGGAUGAUGACAUCUAACUCCCAGGAUCUGAAGUGUCCCACUCCUGGCUGUGACGGCUCUGGGCAUAUCACAGGCAACUACGCCUCUCACAGAAGUGUAGAACAGUGCUAUGAGGAGCCCUUGGCCUGUUUUGGUAAAUCUGUUUCUUGCUCUGAAAGUCUGUCAGGUUGUCCCCGGGCUAAGAAGAGUGGUAUUAAAAUAAUGCACAGUAAGGAGGACAAGGAUGACCAGGAGCCAAUCAGGUGUCCAGUGCCAGGCUGUGAUGGCCAGGGCCAUGUGACAGGGAAGUACGCAUCCCACCGCAGCGCAUCCGGCUGCCCGCUGGCCGCCAAACGUCAGAAAGACGGUUAUGUGAACGGAGCGCCUUUCUCUUGGAAGUCUGGCAAGACAGACGGCAUGACCUGCCCCACCCCAGGCUGCGAUGGCUCGGGCCACGUGAGUGGCAGCUUUCUCACACACCGGAGUUUGUCUGGCUGUCCCCGUGCCACCUCUGCUAUGAAGAAGGCCAGGAUGACAGGGGUUGAAAUGCUCACAAUCAAACAGCGAGCAAGCAAAGGCAUAGAAAAUGAUGAGGAGAUCAAGCAACUGGACGAAGAAAUCAAAGACCUGAACGAAUCAAACAAUCAAGUAGAAUCAGACAUGAUCAAAUUAAGGACACAAAUCACCACCAUGGAGACCAACCUGAAGUCCAUCGAGGAAGAAAACAAGGCCAUUGAGCAGCAGAACGACUCGCUGCUACAUGAGCUCGCCAACCUCAGCCAGUCGCUCAUCAACAGUCUGGCCAACAUCCAGCUUCCUCACAUGAAACCGAUGCCACUGAAAGAUGCCCCCGUUAAAAAUUACUGCUGUUUACAGAUGCCCCAAAGAGAGCCGAUGAACGAGCAAAACUUUGACACAUAUGUGAGCACUUUGACAGAUAUGUAUACUCACCAGGACCAGUACCAGAGCCCGGAGAACAAGGCCCUCCUGGAAAACAUAAAGCAGGCGGUUCAAGGCAUCCAAGUGUAACCUGCUGCAAAAAAGCGUUCGGCCGUUAGCCAAGAAAAGGGGGCUUGAGCAGAGAAUGAUAUCGAUAAGAAUAAAAAAACACACAUCAUGUAUAAAUUAUGGAUAACUGGUAUGAUUUUUUUGCUGCUGUAAUUUAUUGUAUUAUUUUGGCAUUAUUUAUUAUUCUGUUAUGCUUUGGAAAAAUACCUAACUUAUUUGUUGCCUUGCUUUAGGAUGACGAUUGCCAAUGGCAAAUGUUUUGAGGAACAUUCAUGUUUUGUACAUUUUUCAUAUGACCUGACAUAAUGUGAUGUACUGUUUAUAGCUGCUAAUGUAUGCACAUUUUAGUGUAUAUGUAUUUAUUAAUUGUAAACAAAAACCAUCCAUUAUUUUAAAUCUGAAAAAAAGGUGCAGAGGGGGGUACACUGAGGGAAUGUAAGGGCAAUCAGCUUCUUUUUACGGAACUAAUAGGAGCUACGUGCUGCGUAGGCUGUUUAAUGGAUGUACAGUGAUACAUUUUUGUGGUUCGAUUUUGGCUACAUUUUGUAAAACUAUUGAGAAACGUUGUCUUUCGGUUAUGAAAUCAUAUUUAUAGUGGUCAGUGUGGGCACUCUAAUGCAGUAUGUGAAUUGUUUCUGUUUUGCUUGUUUUUUUUAGGUUUGGUUGUUUUAUCUUUUAUUUCCCAAAAUAGAUUGAAAAAAAAAACAGAAAAAAACAACAAUUUUGUGAACGCAAACAUCAUGACACGGAAACUUACUGGUGUAAAUCCCAAGACAGCGAGAGAAAUAUUUCAUAACUUUACGAGUAUUUUCAAAAUCCAUUCUCUAAAUAUAAAGCCCGGCCGGGUCAAGCCAAUACGGAAAAUUUCAAGGAGACAAUCCAACAUGAAUUAUUAAUGUAAUGAUGAUCAUAAAAUGUUAGUGGUAGUAUGAUAGAAUAUCAGCAAUAUAUGAUAACGAAUCAAUCAUUUAUUUAGAUAUGGGAUGCAAACGUUUGGGUAUAUGCAAUUUCUUAUUCUUACCAUAGUAGAAAGCUGAUGAAUCUUUUUACUAAAUGUAAAGUAUUAAGUUUUAUAUAAAUCUUUUAAUACAGUCAUGUUUUAGGGUUUAAACAUGGGUGAUGAUCAAGUCUAAAAGAAUGAAUGCAUUAUGGUUUAACAUUUCACAUGUUCAAUUUUGCACAGGGACACCUUUGUUUCCAUGUUUUGGUGUUUUUAUUUGUUCGAGGAGACCAAGGAGGUGCCCAGAAGUUUGAAUUGUGGGAAGUUUUUUGAAGAAAGUAAAUCUGUGUGUGAAUGUUAGUUUUAUCAGUGUGCUGGAUAUACAGGGUUAAUGUCACCAUCCAUAUGUCAUUGUGUCAUACAGUAGUAAUGCAGCACUCGUCUUGUAGAUUUUGUCCAAACAAUCAUGUAGAGAUCCAUCUGGUCUCAACAAUGACAAGUAUGUCACCAAUGCAAACUCAUCAUAUUACAUGGCUACGACAGUGGAUUCCAAUUAUAUACAGUAUUAGGAGAGAUCAGCUUGCCACCUGUGGUAAACUGCAACUCACUUUCAUUGCUUUUUUUAGGUUUAUGAGAAAUCAGUGGCACUUUAAGCUGUAAGAAUCAUGGGAAUAACAAAUUACGGAAACUUUUGAUAUAAACAAUGACGCAAUGUGGUACGGGUCUAGGUUACGUCAGUGUGUGGGCUAUUACCGUCAAUAAGAGGGUGGUUUACUUACACGAAUAAUUCAUUUUACAUCAUAAUAUAUAUAUAUAUAUAUAUAUAAAGGACAUGUACAGUUAUAGUCCGAGAACCCCACGUUCAUUUCCGUUUACUCAGAGCCCUUUGGAAGCAUCAAGCAUUGUCAUAUACAGGGCUGAUUUUCAGUGGUGGAUUUUAAAGUUCUUUGUGUUUACCGAGCAUGAGUCGCAGUGAUUUUUAGUGUGAAAUGACUCUGGUUGAUGCUGAGGCUUUGUUUCUAAUUUAUGUAUUAUUAAGGCUAGCAUUGUGUUUUCAGAGAGCUCAUGCAAAUGGUGCUAGUCACUCUUAUUUAUUGUUUUGUAAUAUCCAGACAUCUGCUCCCCCCAUGACGCCACAUUUAUCUCUCCAGAAGCUUUGUGUAUGCAGCUUAUUUCCGAGAUAGCAAUGCUUUUAACACUGAUAGGAAAAUACAAUAUCCUCUCAUCCACUAUCGUAACCGAUUAGACAGGAAAAGGGAUUUUAAGCACAAUUCUGCUGCUCAUUUUCAGUUGGCACAUAUUAUACUAUCUACUUCAAAAGGUUAUCUGUGACUAUUUAAAUAGAAAACUAUCUAUGGUGUCACAUGCUUGAAUGCAAAAUACUUUUCUUAUGAUUAAUAAUUGUGAAAUCAUCAGGUUACGAGUUUCCAUUUCAAAUGGAUUUUAAUUAACCAUUUUAAACCAGGAUUUUUUCUAUUAAAAAGAAAGAAAGAAACACGGCUUUCUCUUGCUCUCUUCCUCUAUCCAGCUCUUUAGCAAUCUUUUGCUCUUGUUUUAUUUUCCAACCACAUGGCAUGGUUUUUGUUAAUAUGAUACUUCUUUUGCUCUAAGUGUUUAAGAUCACAAGUUGCAGUGAUAUUUCAUUUUGAAAUUGUGAACUUUGUACAAUUUUUAUCAUGCUGGUGUUAACAUCUCUUACUCAAUAAAACUUGUGUUGCCACAUUAAAUGUCUCUUUUAUUCA